AUGGAGGAGACCCGGGCCCAAACAUCCGGAUGCCCCCCCGAGCACGAGAGUCCCAGGAGAACCACCGCAGGGACAACCGCGGCCCCCACCCAGAAAAGGGCAGAGGAGGGCCCGGAGGGGGAUCAUCCGGCAGCCACAAUGCAGACGUCCCAGGGGGGCGUGGCGGCAAGCCCGCAGGUUCCGCCGGCAGCCGGCCACACCAGAGCAGACCGGCCCUGGGCCCGGCGAUCCAAGGGCCCCCCACCCCCUAGCCGGGGCCCAGCAAAGCCAGGGGGGCCAGGCCCCGCCAAGCAACCGCCGAGAUCGGGCCAGCGCUCACCCGAGCAUCCCGCCCGGAGCGAGAAACCACCAACGCACCGGCGGCCGGGGGCAUCCUCCACCGGCAGGGCGUGGCACCACUACCCCCAGAGGGGCAAUCAGCGCCAGACCCCGGAGCUGAACCCUCUUCACUCUGGCGUGGAGACAGGAAGACCACCCCGGUACCCCGCAGCAGCAGAGAAGACCACCAGCCCAGACCCCGACCGGAUGGCCAGCUCGUCCUCACAGCCCCCAGCCCCGGACAAAGAACAGAGAACAGGGGUGGCCACAAGGAGACAGAGGAGUACCACCUCCCCUGCAUCCCAGCAACACACCCGCACCCCAAAACCCUACCUGUAUGUUGGUGUGAUGGAGCGGGAGAAGGGAAGCAUUAGGGAUGGGGAGGAAAUCUUUGGAGGGGGCAAAGUACCCCCCCCUGGAGCCAGCUCCCCGCUGACCCCCAUAGGCACCCCCGUUGCCCCAAAUCUGCCCAGGGCAGGGGGCCCAGGCCCAUCCAGACCGGGGCCCAGGCCCAUCCAGACCGGGGCCCAGGCCCAUCCAGACCGGGGCCCACGGCAGCCCGGGCGGCCCACCGGACCCCACAGCAGAGGAAAACUACCCCCACCCCAUCAUUCAGUCAACUCCCAGACUACAGAAGACAAUAGACACCCAGGUUAA